GGACAGCGGCAGCAGCAGCCGCUCAGCCCGGAGCGACCAGCGCGCAACGCAUCGGUGUUCAGUUCGGACAGAGCGCACAGGAGCAGCGGCUGGAGAGAGCGAUACUCGCCUCGGAGAAGAAGCCUCCUGGUAGCGUGGGCUAUGUUUUAACUCUUUCUCACUACCACAAGAAGAUUUUGCAGGUCUGCAAGGAGAGCAAGAGAGGGUGGACAAUGCGGGUUAGAUGUCCCUGGUUGACAGUCUGCCUCUAACAUGAUCAUGCACAUUCCUCUGCAUUGCACAUAACCAACCACCCAUUUUUUUUCAGUCUUCCUCUUUCCUUUUUUGGCCUCCCUCAAUCGCUACUACCGCCCACCUGGAUUGUGCCUGCAGUCGCGCAUUCAGCUGGCUGAGCUGUCCAGAAGCUGGUCGAGCCGACCCGCCACCGGGGAGAAAAGCGACCGGGCUGCGCUGUGCUGUUUGGUGGUCCACACGAUGCGUCUGUUUCUGCUGGCGGUGCUCUUCUCGUGCUCCUGCGCGCGGGCCGGCUGCGAGCCGAAGAUCGUGAACAUUGGGGCCGUCCUGAGCCAGAAGAGAUACGAGCAGGUCUUCAAAGAUGCCGUGAUCCAGGCCAACCACGUCUACGGCAGGGACAAAUUCAAGCUGACCGCCAUCUCCGUAACGCAUAAACCCAACGCGAUCCAGAUGGCUCUCUCCGUUUGCGAGGACCUCAUCUCCAGUCAGGUCUACGCUAUCCUGGUGAGUCACCCCCCCCAGUCCAAUGACCACCUCACCCCGACGCCUGUCUCUUACACAGCAGGCUUCUACCGUAUCCCAGUGGUGGGGCUCACCACCCGUAUGUCCAUCUACUCAGACAAGAGUAUCCACCUGUCCUUUCUCCGGACUGUCCCUCCCUACUCGCAUCAAGCGCACGUGUGGUUCGACCUAAUGCGUGAGUUCAACUGGAACCACAUCAUCCUGAUAGUGAGCGACGACCACGAGGGCCGGGCUGCUCAAAAGAGGCUCGAGACCCUCUUGGAGGAGAGAGAAACAAAGAAUAAAAAAAGGAACUAUGAAAACCUCGACCAACUGUCCUAUGACAACAAGCGAGGACCUAAGGCAGAGAAAGUCCUCCAGUUCAGCCAGGAGACUAACUUAACUGCUCUGCUGCUGGAGGCGAAAGAGCUGGAGGCCCGAGUCAUCAUCCUGUCCGCCAGUGAGGAAGAUGCUGCCGCAGUAUACAGGGCUGCCCGCUUCCUCAACAUGACGGGCUCCGGCUAUGUGUGGCUGGUGGGCGAGCGUGAGAUGUCGGGUAAAGCCCUGAGUGAGGCACCAGACGGUCUGAUCGGCCUCCAGCUCAUCAACGGGAAGAAUGAGUCUGCCCACAUCAAUGAUGCAGUGGCUGUGGUAGCUCAGUCCAUACAGGAGCUCUUUGAGAAGGAGAAUAUCACAGAACCUCCGAGAGGAUGCGUGGGCAACACUAAUAUAUGGAAAACAGGACCCCUUUUUAAACGGGUGCUGAUGUCAUCUAAAUAUCCAGAGGGUCUCACAGGGCGUGUGGAGUUCAAUGAUGAUGGAGAUAGGAAGUACGCCCACUACAGUAUACUCAACUAUCAGAAGUCCAGGCUCAUCCAAGUUGGCAUAUACAAUGGAACACAGGUGGUAAUGAACAAUCAGCGGAAGAUUAUCUGGCCCGGAGGAGAGACUGAGAAACCACAGGGCUUCCAGAUGUCCACUCGAUUAAAAAUAGUGACAAUACACCAGGAGCCAUUUGUGUAUGUGAAACCCACUCUGCCUGACGGUACAUGCAAGGAGGAAAUGACAUUAAAUGGAGUCUUAAUUAAAAAGGUUAUCUGCACUGGGCCCAAUGAGACCAUCCCAGGACGCCCAAUCGUACCCCAGUGUUGUUAUGGAUUUUGUAUUGAUCUCCUGAUAAAGCUGGCUAUGACCAUGAACUUUACCUAUGAGGUACAUCUGGUGGCUGAUGGAAAAUUUGGAACUCAGGAACGGGUGAACAACAGUAACAAGAAAGAGUGGAACGGCAUGAUGGGAGAGCUCCUGGGAGGCCUGGCUGACAUGAUUGUAGCUCCGCUGACUAUAAACAAUGAGCGAGCCCAGUACAUCGAGUUCUCCAAACCCUUUAAAUACCAAGGCCUAACUAUUCUCGUUAAAAAGGAAAUUCCUCGCAGUACACUGGACUCAUUUAUGCAACCGUUCCAGAGCACGCUGUGGCUGCUGGUGGGUCUUUCGGUGCAUGUGGUGGCGGUGAUGCUUUACCUACUAGACCGGUUCAGUCCCGUUGGGAGAUUUAAAGUAAACAGUGAAGAAGAAGAAGAAGAUGCCCUCACCUUAUCAUCUGCCAUGUGGUUCUCCUGGGGAGUGCUGCUGAACUCUGGUAUUGGAGAAGGUGCACCACGUAGCUUCUCAGCGAGAAUCCUGGGCAUGGUGUGGGCUGGCUUUGCCAUGAUCAUUGUGGCCUCUUAUACUGCCAAUCUGGCUGCCUUCCUGGUGUUGGACCGGCCUGAGGAGCGCAUCACCGGUAUCAAUGACCCACGGCUGAGAAACCCAUCAGACAAGUUCAUCUACGCCACAGUGAAGCAGAGCUCUGUGGACAUCUACUUCCGGCGGCAGGUGGAGCUUAGCACCAUGUACCGCCACAUGGAGAAGCACAACUAUGAGAGUGCCGCCGAGGCUAUCCAGGCCGUGCGUGACAACAAGCUGCAUGCUUUCAUCUGGGACUCUGCGGUGCUGGAGUUUGAAGCCUCGCAGAAGUGCGACCUGGUGACCACGGGAGAGCUGUUUUUUCCGUUCGGGGGCUUUGGCAUAGGCAUGCGCAAGGACAGCCCCUGGAAACAGAAUGUGUCCCUGGCCAUUCUCAGUUCUCAUGAGAACGGCUUCAUGGAAGACCUAGAUAAAACCUGGGUGAGAUACCAGGAGUGUGACUCAAGGAGCAAUGCCCCAGCCACACUCACCUUUGAAAACAUGGCAGGGGUCUUCAUGCUGGUGGCUGGAGGCAUAGCAGCAGGGAUCUUCCUCAUCUUUAUCGAAAUCGCCUAUAAGCGCCAUAAAGACGCCCGCAGGAAGCAGAUGCAGCUGGCCUUUGCGGCCGUCAAUGUUUGGAGGAAGAACUUGCAGGAGAGUAAGGAGGCUUCUGGAAGUCAAGCGGUGGCUGGAACUCCCUCUUUACCCUCUUCCUCUGUAGAGACUCAGGAUGAUAGGAAAAGUGGUAGAGCAGAGCCCGACCCCAAAAAGAAAGCCUCUUUUAGGUCCAUCAGUACCACCCUGGCCUCCAGCAUCAAGAGACGUAGGUCCUCCAAAGACACGCAGUACCCACCCACUGACGUCACGGGCCAACUCAACUUGUCUGACCCGUCUGUCAGCACAGUGGUGUAAAGGGAGAGGGCGACAACGAGGUUCACUCCCCAAGGAGAGAGGAAACGAGAUGAGGGGAGAGGAGAGGAAGCCAAAGCCGAAGCUUUUAUUUCACCACCUGCCAACGGAGCUUUUGAGGAAACUGCUUGCUGAGGAUGUGGCUGAAAACACUCAACUUGCACCUUUUUUGUUUUGCUUUGUUUUGUUUUUUUUAAAAAAAGACAAUAAUCUAGAUGUUUGUAGGGUCCCUGAGCAUGCACAGAAGAACCCAUCUGACAUAUACAAUCUUUUCCUUCUGCAUAUUAUAACCUAGCUUAUUUAACCUUGUUUUGUCCUUUUAAUUACAUGCAUUUACUUAAUGUUCGAUGUUUUCCAAUUUCCUGAGCAGCUGUCUAGCUUUUAGCAAGCCAGGUUAGUUUGGUUAAGUUUAUGGAUAAAUCAGUUUGGGUGCACGUCCUCUACUUGACAUAUCACUUCCACUUAGGGCCUAGAAUCCACAGUAUUUAAUAUUUCUUAAAAACAUAUAGAUGAUCUGUAAGCUUCAAUGGAGGUCAAGAAUUUUUAAUAGGAAUUAUCUGUGUUUUUAUCCAUACUUUAAAGGUUUUUAGAUAAAAAAUGUAUUUUAUUUGGAAGCACUAAUAAUGGCACUACAGUGAAGCAUAUGGCUAAUCAUGUCCAGAGAAGAUGACAAAGGCAUGUGUGUGCUUGUAUAUGAAUGGUAAUGAUAAUAGUUAUUUUAAAGGCUAAAUACCAGCUUCUGUAGAUGUUCAAAUUGAACUUUUCCCCACUUUAAUUUUGCACUAUCCUGAAAAAUGCACGUGUUUCUAUUUUUAAUGACAACUCAAGUUUGAACUAUUUAGCUUUACUACUAUUUAUAGCAAGACAUAUGCAGGUGAUGUAAGAAAUCACAGCCUACUUUGAUUCAUUAGUUAAGUACUAUUGGUGUUUUUCCUGUUCAGCCAUAUUUGAGACAGUUGGCUGUGAGCCAUUCUGCCGUUCUGGGAUGCCCCUCUCUCUUCCUCUCUCCUGCCGCCGCAGUCUUUCUCAUUUCCAGUCUCUAAGGGGUUGCAUCAAAGGGCCAGGUUUUUCACCCAACCAGCACUCGGUCUUUCAUGCAAAACCUCCUCCCUUGUGUAGCGCCGGGGAACUUUUACACGAAGGAAGCCGAGUGAAUUGAAAGCUUCGAUCAGCUUGCAAGCUCAUGUGCAGGUCUUGGUUAGAUGUAAAAACAGGCCGUUUCCCAAUUUCUGGAGGUGAGAAACAACUGCUCUUAAGAAAACUGUCAUAUCCUUUCUGGUGUCUGGCACUGUAUAGCACUUUAUGGUGAGGACUCUCCCAAACUGUAAAACAAAAACAGAACAUGUAUGAUUCUCCGCUGUAAGGUGUCCAACAGAUUCCCCUGUCAAUUUGCUUUAUUGGAAAAAAGAAUAGUAGGAUAUAUAAAGUCUUUAUAAGAGAAAUUAUUUUAAAUUGAGCAAAGAGGUUGCUUCUGAUCCCAUUCAAGCCUGCGCAUGCUUAUGUGUUAUUAUCAGUGCUUUACUUUGGAUGUGUGCUGUUGCCAUGUACAGUUAGCUGAGCUGUGUGGAGCACUUAAAGUUGAAUGAAAUGUAAAUAGACUCUGGCUCUGUGUUGAUGAGGUUCAUGAGCUCGUACAAUGAAUGCAGCUGGGAAUGUCUUAAACUAUAGUUACACAAACACACAAAACAGUUGUGAUACACAGGCAUGCACCCACACACACAUAAACACACGCACACACAUACACAAAAACCCUUAAGGGAGGAUUCACUUGUUUUUCUUACCUUUUCCAAUGAAGAUCUUGCAUUGAAUCAUGUUGUUUAUACAACUGUAAAUAAAAUACACUUACAUUGCCA